AUGGACAGAAGGACCGCCUCCACACGCAAGAAUACGGAAACCAUCAGCAAAGUCAGGGGCUCAGGCUCUUUUUUUACACAGUUUCCUGGGAAACGCUGGGGCCACCCAGCCCUGGCCUGCAGGCCUCCAGCAGCCCCCUCGGUCGCUCCACACCCACCAGCCUUGCGGCCCCUGGCUAGCCAGAAGCCAAGCCCCUGGGGUGGGGAGAAGCUGGGGGAGGUCCCGGUGGGGCUGCCGGAGGUGUCCCGCCUCAGUGCCAAGCUUGUUGAGCACAGCGCCUGCCCACAUGGCCCCGGAUGCCCCCACCACUCCCAGGGCCCAGCCCCAAAGGAGGCCACUCUGCUGGACGGCAAAAUGAAGCUCCCCAUCUCACCCGGGCCCCGGAGAGCUGGACAGCCCCGGAACCUACCUGAGCCAGCCUCCCAGCGCCCGCGGAUCCCGCACCUGAGUGUCUCGCCGCUCAGGUGUGCGGGCGGGGACGAGGCCCGGGCGGUGAAUAAUCCCCUCCGCCUCGCGAACAGCCGCUCCUCCCCUCCCCCGGCGGGAGCGCAGGCCCUCCCCAGCCGCGGAGUGGGCGAGCCGGCGGCGGCCCCCGAAGGACUGCGGGGAGGCGGGAGCACCCGGCGCCUCUGGAAUUCUCUCGCCAUCCCGCCCCCAGCGGGGGCCCCGCUGGCGCUUCCUGAGGUCAGAGGGCUCGCCCCGGCCCCAAGCGGAAAAGUACCGGCACCUACAAGGGCUGGGAGCCGAGCCGGGCCCGACGCUCUCAGGUGGGCUGCGGGGCGCCCUUCCUGCUCCCCACGGCUUCACCCUCGGGGCCGGCCCGGGGGCCAGUUUCGAAAGCCGGGCGGGCAGCCGGGCCCGGGCUGCCUCCGCGCCAGCGACCCCGACCCUCCCCCGCCUGGGCGCCCGGGCCGCGGAGCCCGCUCCUCCGGCAGAGCGGCCCAGUCCGACCGGCUCUCCUCGGGCCCGGCUCCCGGCGCGCUGCCUCCACCGGGCCCCGCGCCCUCGCCGCUUACCCUAGGGAGCCCGGGCGGGGAAACUUUUCCAGGCGAGCGCCGCGGCGGCUCGGGCGCCCCUCGGCCGAGCGGAGAGCCCGGCGGCGGGGCCUGGGCUCGACGCGGUCCCCGCGCCCGGCAGCAGCGUCACCGCGCGGAGGCGGGGAGGAGCGGCGGCGCGGCCUCGGCCGGGCCGGCGACCAGGGCAGGGCUCGGCCUCGGCCUCGGCUCCGGCUCCGGCGCGGGCGGGGGCAGCGGCCGGGCCGCGGCGGCGGCGCGGCUUGUUUACUCGGGCCGCUGUCAGCGGCUGCGGCGGCCGGGGCUCCUCCUCCUCCGCCGCCGCGCCCCCUCCCCCUCGCGGCGCCACCUCCGCGCUCCCCAGCAGCCGCCGCAGGCGUCCCGCCGCCCUGGCCCGCCGCGCCGCCCAUGCCGCCCGGCCCCGGGCCCGCGUUCGGAGCGGGAGCGCCGCAGCCCCCGAGCUCCGGCCUUGCGGGGCGCCCGCUGCCUCCGGCUCCCGGUCGGGGCAGGUAGGAAGUGGGGCCAGCGAUCCCAAAGCCCUCGCGGCCGCCCGGCGCGUCGCCCAGGCCCCACUGCCCGCACCCCCGCCCCGGGCUCGGCUCUUCGCGCCGCGAGCUCCCCGGGCCGGCGGCCGAGGAGACCCGAACUCGGAACCCCCGGCAGGGGUUGGGAAGGGCUCGAGGCGUCACUCCGAGCCCAGUCUCGGCCGGAUUCUGGGGAAGCUGGCCUUCUUCUCCCCCCACUUCCCCACGCCUAA